CUGCUCGCACGCCUCCACCCACCAACACCACCAAAAUGGCCUUCGCUGGAAGAUGGGAAACUGAGACCCAGGAGGGGUACGACGAGUUCUGCAAGCUGCUCGGUAUCCCUGAUGACAUAAUUGAGAAGGGCCGCGACUACAAGCUGAUCACAGAGGUCAGCCAGGACGGCGAUGACUUCACCUGGACCCAGAUCUACCCCACAAACGCCAAGGUCUCCAACAAGUUCACCGUCGGCAAGGAGUGUGAUAUGGAGACCAUCGGGGGAAAGAAAUUCAAGGCCACAGUGUACAUGGAGGGAGGCAAGCUGAGCGUGACCUUCCCCAACUACCAUCACACUUCUGAGAUCAGCGAAGGCAAGCUUGUUGAGAUCUCCAAAGCUGGUUCCGUAGUGCUGAAGAGAACCAGCAAGAACAUCUAACUGCUGACUGACCCUUGACCUCCUUAACAAGUUACCAUAGA